AUGGCGGCUCCGCCCGCCAUCGACCCGAGAGAGGGGCUCAGGCCUCUCUUGGAGCGUGCGGGCAUUGACGACAACUUUUACCACAGAUACAAGGAAAGGCUGCUGGACAAGGGCGUGGGCAAUGCUGGCGACCUCCUCGAGGAGGUCGCUUUGAAGGGCAUUGCCUCGCUCGGAAUCCACGAGCGCCAGGCGGAGAAGCUCCGCCGAGCUCUUCUCGGCCGACGGGGCUGGGAGGACGCAGCUGCUGUUCUUGCGGCAUCCUUUGGCGGCCUGUCGCUGGACGACACCCCUGCUGGGGUGGCGGCUGGCGACCAGGCGGCUGGUGGCGCGGCUAGCGCGCCCGCUCUCGACGGCAUGGCCGUCGAUGGCGGCUACGCGAGCGCCGACGAGGAUGCCGGGCCUGCCGCAGGUUGGCCCGCAGCAGCUUCAGGCUCCAAAAUGGAGCCGGGCUGCUCUCACAGCGGUGCUGGUACGAGCGCUGCUGCUGAGGGCGGCGAGGGGGCGGUGACUGGCGGCGAGGGCUGCAGUGGCACGCGCACCCCAGAGGCGGAGAGCGGCGCCCGCGAGGCGCGGGCCGCAGUUGUUCCUGGCGGAGGUGGACCCGCUGUGUCAAUUGACACAUCGGAUUCCACGCCGCCGGCGGAGGAGGGACUUAGGCGCACGGACGAUGGCUUCUAA